UUGAUGAAUUAUGAGGUGAUGCGAAGUUUUGUCCCUAUUUAAUAAAGACGCGAUGAUGAUCACGUGACUGGUUCUCUCUCCCGCGCUUCCUGCUUUACCCUCUGAUUGGCUACACUGAAAUGUACGCCCCGGAAGUGAGAAGUCAGACACUGUUACCAUGGAGACCAAACGACGCGAGGAAGAAACAGAGCAGCAAGACCGACCGAGGAGGGAAUAGCGGAGCCCCGGUAAUAGCGCGGAUCACCCUGCACACUCCCGAUCACUACUAUCUCAUCACUAUGGAGGGAUCAGGAUCAGCACAGGAUGGUCCUGCUGCUACUUUUAGUCCAUGUCUGCUGGAUAACUGGCAGGAGGAGAGAUCUGCAGCCAGUCUGGAUAGAUCCCCCUGUACCCCCGGCCCCACCCAGGAGGAACCGGACCACCGGCACGGGCACAGAGGGAUCCUCAGUAUACAACUCCUGGCAGACAUGGCCUCGUCUACUACACACCAGGACUCCUACGGAAGGCCGAGAGAAGACAGCAGGCGGCACACAGGCCUAAGAGAAGAACAGCUCCGGAGGGAACUCUAUCACAAGUUCAGUCAGGAGAUCCUUGAAGAGCUGAGUUCUCCAACAAAGGAGACGACCAUCAGAGAAUCCACAACUAGGAGAGACUACGAGGUGCAGGGCUUCAUACCGCAGCUUCCCGCGCCCAGGACGAAACAUGACUAUGCCACUGAGCAGGCCGUGACCUUCUGGUCAGAGAAUGUGCGCACCAUCACGGGCGUCUCCGACAUCCGAUCACGUGACUCUCCAUUUAAAAAGAGUUCAGCUUUUACCACUUCCAUAUCUCACUAUCUGGAUCAGCCGCUCCCGCAUGGCAUGGAGAAUUAUCCCAACAUGAGGAUCAUGUUCUGUAAUGUGAGAGGUGUAUGGAGUCAGUGUGGCCAUAUGUCCUGAACAGUAGGAAGGAACAUCUGGGGCCUUACAGUCGAUGGUGACCCCUGACCUGGGGCUGUCCUGCCAUGUGAGUAAUUUAGUGAGAUGUGUGGUACAGUCAGUGACUAGAUGUGACGUCUCCCAUAGCGGCUGCAGAACAUUUCUGUUGUUUAUCCAACAUCUACUUCAUUCAGUCCAUGAUCACAACCAUCUCUGCUCAUCUGAAGUUUGGGCUGUGUUCACAUUGCAUAGUGUAGGAAGCAUGUGUGAUGUGUAUGUGCUGCCAGAAGCAUCAAUAAAAACAAAACCUGUGUAACGUCUUUGUAUAGAAAAAUUGUAUUCACAGAACAGUGCUCCCCGCCAGGUGUAUAGUCUUUGGAACAGUGCUCCCCAUUAGGUGUAUAGUCUUUGGAACAGUGCUCCCCAUUAGGUGUAUAGUCUUUGGAACAGU